GAAGCCGUCCGGGUUGAGAAGCACAGUCCUUUGUCCUCCUUUGGCUGAGGGAGAAUGCGCCACUGUUUCCCACAGGAGCUCAGCUGAGGGCUGCACACUUACCUCACUUGGAAAUACAUGAAGCAAAGCAGCCUGGUGAAAGCCAGCCCCUUCCAGCCUCACCCUCCUCCCUGUGGUGUGGAGCCGGAGACUGGUGAGGAGCUGGCCAACCCUCCCUGAGUCCACACCCCUUUGCCUCUCUCUUGCUACAUAUUCAGCUGACACACUGCUUUUAAGGGAAGAGCAAGCAGUGUCUGGGUCGCCAAGAGAAGCUGAGCCUGCCUGCCUGGAUUGCAAGCACAGCCCUGAGAAUGAAGACUUCCUUUGCAGUGGUGCUGGCCGCCCUCCUGUGCGUGGAGAGAGUGUCCUCGCUGAUGUGCUUUCACUGUGACAAUGCCGAAAACAACUGGGGCUGCAUGAGCGUGAAGACGUGUAGCGAUGCGGACAAUUACUGCAUCACCAAGUAUUUGGGAGGAGGCAUGGGGGAAAACCACAAGCAGUCCAUCAGCAAAGGAUGCUCUCCCAUAUGCCCCGAAGGAGGAAUUGACCUGGGCCUGAUGGCAUUCUCCGUGAAAUGCUGCAAGACCAGCUUGUGCAACACCAGUGGGGCCGUCAGUGUGAAAAGCAGCACCCUGAUGCUGGCCGUGGGCGCCCUGCUCAGCUUAUUCUACAUCCUCGGGGCCAAGCUGUGAUGGGACCCCCGAGUGCUGAAGAAGCUUCUCCCGCAGAGAGAAGCCCCAGCCCUGUCCUAUGCAAAGUUGUGUGUAAAUAGAGAUUUGCGGGCCCCCCCGGCACUUCCUGUGACCCUGUUAGCUAAUCAUAGCAUUGGGCUUUUGUACUUUUGGGGGACGCCUAUCCUGGGUCUGCAGCAGCACAGGUGUUUUUGCAGGGCCAAGGAGGGGUAGGCAGUCCUUCCCCCCCCCCUCGGGACAUUCUUGUGCUGCUCUUUGCACACUGACAACCCAUCCGCACAAAGAGCAGGGCUGGAAUUCCGGCAAGGUUGCUCCUUGCUCAGGCAGGUUGGGGCCUCUCACCCAGUGAGCAGAUCCACUCCAAAGCCAGCAGCCCCAGCCUCUUGCUGGAAGGAGAAGGCCGGGACACUUAUCUGUGAGCCAAGCUACUUACGGGGAAGCAGCCUAGCUGGCUUACCUGCAAGUGGGUUUACUCACGAGUAAGCACCUUGCCAUUUCAAAGGGCCCGCCGACGAGGAUCGCCUUCCUCCCGAUGUCUGUCCACAAGGGAUAUUGUGGGGGAAGUGAGCAGCCCUUUCCUAAGAGUCUGACUCCACGGCAAGAAAACCUGGAAGCAGGGUUUAGGUUAGGGUUGUUAUGACACCACCUGGGACAAAGAAUAAACCGCACUAACGUCUCCUGGGACGCAUCCUGGAAGAAACAGCUGAGGCAGACACAAACUCCUAGAGGGUAUGCUUGGACAGAGGCUGUCAUCCUCGGGCCCCUAGAUGUUGUUGGACUACAACUCCCAUCAUUCCCAGAUGCAAUUGCCAUAGAGGCAGUCUUCCUGCCCCCUGGGAGAAUCAAAUCAUUCCUUAAUUUUCCUUUUUUUGUACUGCUGUGGGCUUUUUAAGGCUCUAGUCCUGUGCUUACUGACUGAGGAGUAAGACCCACUGAGCACAUAGGAUUGCAAUGAAUGUCUGCUUUUUGUAGGAGUCACAGGAAGGUCAGGGAUACAAACCCCACCUAAGGGGGUGGACAACCCACCCCCUGAGGAUCUAAGUAUUGCACUAACUGAUUGGAACUUGGUAUUUUUGCUUGUUUCAUAUUUCCUCCACCGCCUCCCCAUGUAAAGUGUGUAUUUUUCAUUGAGUCUUCUGAAGCUGAAUAAAAAACAAUCUAACUCCAA